AUGAUGAUAAAUAAAUUGCACAAUUCUAACUUCAUACAAGUUUUAAUUAAAAAAGCCAUUAAUGAUAUGAUAAAAUUUAUACCAGAAUUAUUUUUUAGUCUAAGAAAAAUUAUUUUUAACUCCCCCCCCAUCCUUGAUCGAACGAUUGACUGUAAAAAUUCCUAAAAAUUGGGGAAAUUAACCCCCAUCCUUGAUCGAACGAUUUUAAUAUCAUGACAAUUUUUUAUAUAUAUAAAAAUAUAUUAGUUAUCAAAAGCUUGGGAAGAUGUACAUAAUGAAGUUGUUUUCAGAGACUUUAAGACGACAGAAAGCUUCGGAAUCAACUAUCUGAAGUGAUUUAAUCAUCAACCUAGGCUUAAAAACUCAAUAAUCUAAUAAAAUACAGAUUCUUUAAAAUUUUUAAAAAAAAAAAUUUAAUUUAAUAACUCCCCCCCUCCGUGAGUGAACAAAACCAUUAGAAAAAUCGCUAUUUUUUGCCCAAAAACCCACCCUCCGUGAGUGAACAAAAAUUUUUUUAAUAGAAAAAUUUUUUAUGGAAAAAAUUUUUGAUAUAUAAAUGAUAAUCAGUAUAAUGAAAUCUAGAGCUAAUUCUGUUUAAUUUUAAACGAAUUGCUUUUUAAAACAUAAAUUUUAUAAAUAAAAUUAAUAUUUGCUUUCAAAUUUUUGCGAAUUAGGAUUUUUUUAAAUUUCGAAAAAAAAUAUUUUUUAUAAAAUUUAUUUAUAAAUUUUUUUUGAAAAAAAAAAAAAUAAACCCCCCUCCGUGAGUGAACAAAAUUUUUUUGUUCACUCACGGAGGGGGGGGAGUAAGGAACAAAUUAAAAUUUAUACAGUUUAAAGGGGUAACUAAUAAAUCAAAAAUAUUAAAAAUUUGUAUUUUUAUGAAAUUAAUUCGAUUUUUUGCUGUAAAAAUAAUUAUUAAAUACUCUUUAACCCUCUUAUUUAAAAGUAAAAAAAAUAUAUAUAUAUAUAUAUUUUUUAUUUUAUAUAUAAAAUUUUUGUCCCAAAACAUUUUUUUUUAGCCCCCAUCCUUGAUCGAACGAUGGCGAGUCGUUCGAUCAAGGAUGGGGGGGAGUAAGCAUUUUUUAAUGAUAGAUGCCAUUCAAAGGAUCUUAUUAAAAUCUUCCUCAAAUAUCAGACAUAAAUUUGCUAAAUAUACUGAAACUAAUGUGAUUUAA